CAAGGAUUCUCCACUGAAACGAAGUCCAUUGGGGUGAUAUCAAUCUCUGCAAACAAUGUGAUCUAGUUCAACUCUUUUAUUGGCAAUAAUUGAAGAGCUGAAACAUUGAAAAAUAUGUCUUCCCGUCCAGAAUUGAAGGUCGAUGAUGAGCAUGGCUUCAUCCGGUACUUCAAGUCACUGCCGUCUGUGGACGGUGAGACAGUCCGAAUCUUCGAUCGAGGUGAUUGGUUUACGGCCCAUGGCGAGGAUGCCAACUUCAUUGCUCGGACAGUCUACAAGACAACAUCUGUCGUAAGACAGCUUGGACGAAACGAUGCCAGCGGUCUACCUUCGGUCACCAUGACCGUAACAGUCUUCCGACAGUUCCUUCGAGAAGCUCUUUACAAGUUAGGAAAGCGAGUGGAAAUCUAUGCAAGUUCUGGCGGCCGAACGAACUGGAAGAUCGCGAAGCAGGCAUCUCCAGGCAACCUACAAGAUGUAGAGGACGAUCUGGGUGGGCAAUUCGACUCUGCUCCCAUGAUACUAGCCGUCAAAAUAUCAGCCAAGGCGUCAGAGGCACGUAGUGUGGGAGUAUGCUUCGCAGAUGCUAGUGUGCGAGAGCUCGGGGUCAGCGAAUUUCUGGACAACGACCUAUACUCCAACUUCGAGGCUCUCCUGAUCCAAUUAGGUGUCAAGGAAUGUCUCAUUCAGUAUGAUAAAUCCGAGAAGGGCAAGGACCCCGACUUGGCCAAGCUUCGUCAGAUCAUCGACAACUGUGGCAUCGCCAUUUCCGAAAGGUCGGCCGGAGACUUCGGUGCCAAGGAUAUCGAACAAGAUCUUGCACGGCUGCUCAAGGAUGAGAGGUCGGUCACUUCACUCCCACAGACCGACCUCAAACUUGCCAUGGGCUCUGCGGCAGCUUUGAUCAAGUAUCUAAGCGUUCUACAAGAUCCCUCCAAUUUUGGUCAAUAUCAACUGUACCAACAUGACUUGUCUCAUUUCAUGAAGCUGGACGCUGCUGCGCUGAAGGCGCUCAACUUGAUGCCGGGGGCUCGGGAUGGGUCGAAGACGAUGAGUCUUUAUGGCCUUCUCAACCACUGCAGGACACCUGUUGGCAGCCGUUUACUAUCGCAAUGGCUCAAGCAACCCCUUAUGAGCAAAGUUGAGAUUGAAAAGCGACAACAACUGGUUGAGGCUUUUGCGAAUGAUACGGAGCUGCGCCAGACUAUGCAAGAAGAGCAUCUCAAAUCAGUGCCCGAUUUGUAUCGCUUGGCCAAACGCUUCCAACGGAACAAGGCCAACUUGGAAGACGUCGUCCGAGCAUAUCAAGUCAUCAUUCGUCUUCCAGGCUUCUUGGGCACUCUCGAAGCUGUGAUGGACGAGAAGUAUAAGGAUCCACUUGACGAAGCGUACACCAACAAACUCCGCGAGCUUUCUGCCAGUCUUGGCAAGCUCGCAGAGAUGGUUGAAACCACUGUUGACCUCGACGCACUCGACAACCACGAAUUCAUCAUCAAGCCUGACUUUGACGACGGUCUUCGCAUCAUUCGGAGACGGCUGGACAAACUUAGGUCGGAUAUGGACCAGGAGUUCCGCAAUGCUGCAGACGACCUGAAUCAAGAAGAGAACAAAAAAAUCUUCCUGGAGAACCACAAGGUACACGGCUGGUGCAUGAGAUUAACCAGAACAGAAGCAGGCUGCAUCCGCAACAAUUCCAAUUAUCAGGAAUGCUCAACGCAAAAGAACGGUGUCUACUUCACUACAAAAACGCUGCAAGUCCAACGUCGCGAGUUCGACCAGCUAUCGCAGAAUUAUAACAGAACUCAGAGCAGCUUGGUCAGCGAAGUCAUCAGUGUAGCGAUGUCUUACUGCCCCGUGCUAGAGCUUCUUGCCGGUGUGCUCGCGCAUCUCGAUGUCAUCAUCUCCUUCGCCCAUUGCUCCGUUCACGCCCCCACAUCCUACGUUCGCCCUGUUAUUCAUCCCAGAGGUGAAGGGCAGACAAUCCUGAGGGAAGCUCGACAUCCCUGCAUGGAGAUGCAAGACGAUGUUCAAUUCAUCACGAACGACGUCGAGUUGACUCGCGAUAAGUCCUCGUUCCUCAUCAUUACAGGCCCGAACAUGGGCGGCAAGUCGACGUAUAUUCGGCAAAUUGGUGUUGUGGCGCUGAUGGCCCAAAUCGGCUGCUUCGUGCCUUGCGCGGAAGCUGAGUUGACCAUCUUUGACUCGAUACUUGCUCGUGUCGGUGCAUCCGACUCACAAUUGAAAGGGGUGUCCACCUUCAUGGCUGAGAUGCUGGAGACGGCCAACAUUCUCAAGUCGGCUACGUCGGAGUCCCUGAUCAUUAUCGACGAGCUGGGGCGCGGUACGUCGACUUAUGAUGGUUUCGGGCUAGCUUGGGCUAUCUCUGAACACAUCGUGAAGGAAAUCGGGUGCUUUGCCAUGUUUGCAACGCAUUUUCACGAGCUGACUGCUCUGGCGGACACCUAUCCCCAAGUCACCAACCUGCACGUCACCGCGCACAUCUCGGGUGCGAGCACGAACGUGACCAGCAGUUCAGAGAAAGACAAGCGCGAAGUGACGCUACUCUACAAGGUCGAGCCCGGCAUCUGCGACCAGAGCUUCGGUAUUCACGUCGCAGAACUAGUCCGGUUCCCGGACAAGGUGAUCAGAAUGGCGAAGCGUAAAGCGGACGAGCUGGAGGACUUCACGAGCAAGCACGAUGCCAAUGCCAUGGGAUACAGCAAACAUGACGUUGAGGAGGGCAGUGAGAGGUUGAAGGAUGUGCUUGUCCGAUGGAAGGAUGAGGUGAAGGGGGGAAUAUGAGUCGGGAGCAGAUGCUCAGCAAAAUGAGAGAGCUCGUCAAGGCGGAUGCGACGCUGAUGAGCAAUCCGUUCUUCAAGGCUGUUGAAGCACUGUGAUGAGUGGGAGUAUGGGAUUGUGUGCGAUGAAGCUGUGAAAAUUACUAUCGUCAUGGACUGGACGAACCUGAGCUGUACCGCCAUAUUGUGCCCUUAUUGGCUGGAGUCUGGCGUGUGGUAGGUGGAUACAACGAUAUAUUAUUUAUUGCUGCGGGCUAUGUGAUCACCUUAAGAUGCUGUAUCAGGACUUGCUUAUGCAAUGGCUAGUCAAAAUUGAGAUUCGUUUCGGGUUCGGCACUGGUACCCACCUGCUUGCACACGGAUCAGAUCCAUACCGGUAGCUGACAAUUGGG